GACAAGCUUGGUUUCAUAAUAAAAGCACCCUGUAAAAUUUACAUUAAUAAAUCAAAUCAAAUACAUUCUCUUGAUUAAUUUGCAGACAGUUUUCAAGAUUAAGCGUUCAAGUGUUUAGUCUAUAAAAUGUCAAGAAAAACUGUGAAUAACCUUCAAAUUACUUAUUUUGUCCAACCAACAGUCCAAAACCCAAACACUCUUCAUUUUCUGCCAUAAAGACAAUGAAAUUUCCAUUUAAGGAUCUGGAACCAGCAAUGAAUUUUCUCUUGAUGAAUUUAAUUAAUUGACUAGCCUCAUCGUUGCAACUCUAAUUUUAAAUAAUGCAAGCUGAAUGUGAAAAAAAGCAGUAUGUAGGGAAAAGUAUGAAUAAUGGAAACUGAGAUAAAAAAGGCUAAGGGUCAAAUCACUACAAUAUACAACAUACAAUACGUAUAAGAAAUACAUAAUAAUAUGUAAUGGGAAAUUAUCUCUAAAAUCAUAUGAAGCCUAUGCCUCUAAAAGUGUGUCUUGUUGCCACAUGGUCACAAAUUCUUCUUUUAUUUUGAAAGUUGUAACCAGAAAUGCCCUUUUCUAUCAGUGCACACUUGACUGCAGGACCACCGCGCACAGCCCUCCUCCUCAGUUGCAGCCUACUAUUCAAGUGUGCAUCAGAAAAAAAAAAAACAUGAUAAGAAGGAUGUCUGCACUGUGAAUAUGGGAAGCAAAACCUUACUGGCACAUUAAGGAUUUUAGAAUGGGAAAACUGGAGUUAUUUUGAUCAGUGACAGCAGCAAGUGGAGUGUGUGUGUGUGUGUGUGUUUUUUUGUUGUUGUUGUCUUUUUUCUCAUCACAAUGUGUGAGGGAUGGAUGUGGGUCGGAUGCCAGUUUAUUUUCGUUACGGAUACGAGGACUGGCAAGUUAUCAGCAUGAAUUACCGAGGACAGAAAAACUGAUAUCGAUGUUAAAUUCGACUCUGGAGGGAGGACCAUGGCGAAAAGGAAGGGACUGUUAUUUCCACUGCUGUACUUUAUGGCAGAGUUUUGGCUCACUUCGCAGCAAGUCCUGAGAAUUGGGGGCAUCUUCGAGACUCUUGAGAAUGAGCCCAUCAGUGUUGAAGAACUGGCCUUUAAAUUUGCUGUAACCAACAUAAACAGGAACCGGACCUUAAUGCCAAACACCACAUUGACCUACGACAUCCAGAGAAUAAACCUGUUUGACAGUUUCGAGGCCUCGAGAAGAGCCUGUGACCAGUUGGCUUUGGGUGUCGGGGCCGUAUUUGGCCCGUCUCACAGCUCAUCCGUCAGCGCCGUGCAGUCCAUUUGUAACGCCCUGGAAGUCCCUCACAUCCAGACACGCUGGAAACAUCCGUCAGUGGACAACAAAGACAGCUUCUACAUUAACCUCUAUCCUGAAUACACCUCUAUAAGCCGGGCCGUGCUGGACAUAGUGCAGUUCUACAAGUGGAAGACCGUCACUGUCGUCUACGAGGACGCAACCGGACUGAUUCGUUUGCAAGAGUUGAUCAAAGCUCCAUCCAGAUACAGCAUUAAGAUCAAGAUCCGCCAGCUGCCGACAGGAAGUAAAGAUGCUCGCCCUCUGUUGAAAGAGAUGAAGAAGGGGAAGGAGUUCUAUGUCAUCUUUGACUGCUCCUACCAGACGUCAGCUGAUGUUCUCAAGCAGAUCUUGUCCAUGGGGAUGAUGACUGAAUAUUACCACUUCUUCUUCACCACACUGGACCUGUUCGCCCUCGACCUUGAGCCGUACCGCUACAGUGGGGUCAACAUGACGGGCUUCAGGCUGCUCAACAUAGACAGUCCUCAGGUGGCCUCGGUGGUGGAGAGGUGGGCCAUGGAGCGGCUGCAGGCUCCAUCCAAGGCUGAGACUGGAAUGAUGGAGGGGAUGAUGACGACCGAAGCAGCUCUGAUGUACGACGCCGUCUACAUGGUGGCUGCUGCCUCGCAACGCGCCUCCCAGAUCACUGUCAGCUCCCUUCAGUGCCACAGACACAAGCCCUGGCGCUUUGGAUCACGCUUCAUGAACAUGCUCAAAGACGCACAAUGGAACGGCUUGACGGGACAAAUAAUUAUAAACAAGACGGAUGGCCUGCGCAAAGAAUUUGAUUUAGAUGUCAUCAGCCUGAAGGAAGAUGGCUUGGAGAAGACAAUCGCGGGCAACAACCGCCUGAAUAAAGUGUGGAAAAAGAUUGGUGUGUGGAACUCCCAAACAGGCCUUAAUUUAACAGAAAACAACAAGGACUCGUCUACAAAUGUGACUGACUCCAUGGCCAACAGGACCCUCAUUGUCACAACUAUUCUGGAAAAUCCUUACGUCAUGUAUAAGAAAUCUGAUAAGCCGCUGUACGGAAAUGAUCGCUUUGAGGGUUACUGCUUGGACCUGCUCAAAGAGCUCUCCAACAUAUUGGGCUUCUCAUAUGAAGUAAAACUGGUGUCAGAUGGCAAAUAUGGAGCCCAGAAUGACAAGGGGGAGUGGAACGGCAUGGUGCGAGAACUCAUUGACCAUGUGGCCGACCUGGCUGUGGCUCCUCUCACCAUCACCUAUGUGAGGGAGAAGGUCAUAGACUUCUCCAAGCCUUUUAUGACAUUGGGCAUCAGCAUCCUCUACCACAAACCCAAUGGCACCAAUCCAGGAGUAUUCUCCUUCCUCAACCCACUGUCUCCUGAUAUCUGGAUGUAUGUGCUGCUGGCAUGCCUUGGUGUCAGCUGUGUGCUGUUUGUUAUUGCCAGGUUCACUCCCUAUGAGUGGUACAAUCCUCACCCCUGCAAUCCAGACUCAGAUGUGGUUGAAAACAACUUCACUCUAAUAAAUAGUGUCUGGUUUGGAGUUGGAGCACUUAUGCAGCAAGGAUCUGAACUGAUGCCUAAGGCUCUCUCCACAAGGAUAGUUGGUGGAAUAUGGUGGUUCUUUACCUUGAUCAUAAUCUCCUCAUAUACUGCCAACUUGGCUGCCUUCCUCACUGUGGAGAGAAUGGACUCACCAAUCGACUCUGCAGAUGACUUGGCCAAACAAACCAAAAUAGAGUACGGUGCUGUGAGAGAUGGCUCUACCAUGACUUUUUUUAAGAAAUCGAAGAUCUCAACUUAUGAGAAAAUGUGGGCAUUCAUGAGCAGCAGGAAAAACACGGCUCUGGUCAAAAACAACCGGGAGGGGAUCCAGAGGGUGCUUACCACGGACUACGCUCUUCUGAUGGAGUCGACCAGCAUCGAGUACAUCAGCCAGCGUAACUGCAACCUCACACAGAUUGGUGGCCUGAUAGAUUCAAAGGGCUAUGGAGUGGGAACCCCGAUUGGCUCCCCUUACAGAGACAAGGUCACCAUUGCCAUCUUGCAGCUUCAGGAGGAAGGGAAGCUGCACAUGAUGAAGGAGAAAUGGUGGAGAGGGAACGGCUGCCCAGAGGAGGACAGCAAGGAGGCCAGCGCUCUGGGUGUGGAGAACAUAGGGGGAAUUUUUAUUGUGCUGGCAGCCGGACUUGUCCUCUCAGUUUUUGUAGCAAUUGGAGAGUUUAUUUACAAAUCAAGGAAGAACCUGGACAUUGAGGAGGUGAGUGUUGGACAGUGCGAAUGGCACAACAAAUAUUAACACACUAAGGGACUUUAUCAUUCAAUGACUGUUAUGAACCCUCUACACAUUAGUGUUGUCAUUGUUGUCUUCAGAGGACUACAGUAAUCAAUGGGCCAACGAAAAUUUAAGUCUGAAUGUGUUGAACUGCAUUGUUACAAUCAAAACAGAAAAAAACUUUUUAAGGCAGAGUUUAGUGUUUUCCGUAGUUUUGAUGUAGAGCACAUGAACAUUUUAGUCCUAAUUGGAAGAAUACAUUUGAACCCCUUUUUAUGACGACGUAUGCUUGUUAACUUCUGAUAUCAUGACACUUGACCAUCUUGGCCUUGCUGUUUUUUUUUUGCAAAAAACUGUAACAUUGUUAACUUGGUUUGUGUGAAAACAAAUGUCAAUGUCACGCCAUGAUAUUGUUGGUAAGUUGUAUCUUUUGAGGCAUGUUUGCUAGAUUUAUUUUAACAACUGCAGUAAGUUUGAGAGUAUUCUGUCAUAAAAUGUUUGCAUUUUUCAUAUUUAUAGCACACACUUUGACAUAACAACACUACUUCUUACCGCUUUUGUAUGUACUCUUGUAUUUAAAAAAAAUAUAUAUGGUUGUUUCCAGUUUGUUUAUGAAUGAGUGCUCCCUCAAGAUUUUAUUCAAGUUGCUUGACACUCAGGCCAUCAGUUGCUCACGGUGUACAUUUUUUUUCUUUUCUUUUCUUUUCUUUUCUUUUCUUUUCUUUUCUUUUCUUUUCUUUUCUUUUCUUUUCUUUUCUUUUCUUUUCUUUUGCCUUUUGUAUCAUAUGAGGUUCAUAAACAAUGCAUGUAUAAGUUUUGUCAUGUUGGAAUUGUUUCAGAAUGACUAAAGUUAUGUGAGAACAUUACAUCCCUUUAAUC